AUCUCAAACUAUUUCAACACCACCUUACACAACUUCUUCCCUGCCAACUCUUUAGCCUUUCCAAUUGUUAAAAAGUCCCAAAAACCAAAAAAUGACAAAAACCGUACGAUUGGAAGAAGGCGAUGCCUCUAAGGUCUUGGUGCCCGUUGGAUCAAACAAAGGGGUUUCGGUGAUGGAUCUUGUUUUGCGCUUGGUUGGCAUUGCGGGUACUUUAGGUGCUGCAAUUGCCAUGGGAACCAAUGAACAAACCCUACCUUUCUUCACUCGGUUUGUGGUUUUCAAUGCAGAAUACGAUGAUUUUCGGUCAUUUAGAUUGUUUGUGAUUGUCAACGCGAUAGUAUGUGCAUAUUUCGUUCUCACCAUCCCGUUAUCCAUCGUCCACAUCAUGAGGAGUGCGGCAAGAGGAAGCAGGAUUCUCUUGAUCAUCAUGGAUACGGUCAUGCUAGCUCUUCUCACUGCGGGCGCAUCGGCUGCGGCUUCAAUAGUGUAUUUGGCUCACAAUGGAAACACUUCCACAAAUUGGUUGCCGGUGUGUCAACAAUAUGGGGACUUUUGUCAAGGUGCAUCUGGUUCGCUCAUCGGAUCAUUUGGAGCAGUGGUUGUGUUUAUCCUGGUAAUCUUGCUCGGUGCUAUCGCGCUAUCUCGACAAGCAAAACGCGUGGUGCUCUAAUGUUAAUUUGAUUUGACAUUUGAAACCAAAUUGUUCCUUUUGGGCUACAGUUACUAUGUGUGUUUUCACCUUGUGUUUGUUUGUGUGAAAUAUUUGAAUGAAAUAUAACAAAGUUUGAACUUU